CGGCGACCGACGGAGCGUUCUGCGUGCUGCGCUGACUUUGUGACGUCACUUCUCCCCGAGUCUGAGGACCUUCCGCCAUGUCGGCAGCUGCUGAGGUUCAGAGGACGGCGGCCGUGGACCUGGGCGCCCUGCUGGACGCGGGCGACGGCGCGGUCGUCACGCUGGUGGCGGGAGAGACGCGGCUGGCGGCGCACCGCGCGGUCCUGGCCGCCAGGAGCCCCGUGUUCCGAGCCAUGUUCCAGCACGACACGCUGGAGGCCAGCUGCGGCGAGGUCAGAAUUACAGACGUGGGGGGCCCGGUGCUGCGGCAGCUAUUGUCUUACGUGUACACCCUGCAGGCCCCCCAGCUGACCGACACGGCCCCGGAGCUGUUGACGGCAGCCGACAAAUACGGCCUGUCCGCCCUGAAGGCCGCCUGCGAACAGCAGGUGGCGGCACAGCUGGAGGUGGAGACGGCGGCGGCUGCAGCUGUGCUGGCGGUGAGGCACUCGUGCCCCAGCCUAACUGCGGCCGCCAUCCACUUCAUAAGGUCUCAAACACACAAAGUAAUGGCGACGCAGGGCUGGGCAGAUGCUAUGCGUAGCUGCCCUGAGCAUCUGAUUGAAGUCAGUCGGCUGCUCGGUGAGCCACCAGCAGAACCCAGGUGA